AAAAAACUGUCCCAGGUGUUAAAUUUAGACCGUAAGGGUGGGAUGGAUCUCUGCCAGGUGGUGCAGCUAUAGAAAAGGGGGUGCGGGGGUCCUGUACCAAGUGCCAGUCUUGAUGCAGUAACCCUGAUCAGAGUACCCACUCUGAGUACUGCAAGAACACCGUGCUGCAUAACUGGGCAAAUGGCUGUAAAGUUGAUCUAGAUCUAGAACUAGAACUAGAACUGUCGGUCGCCGUGGGGGAAAGUGUCAGCCAAAAACAAAGGAGACCAUAAUACCAGAACAUUGCAGUGCUUAGCUGCCCUGAUGAACAUGUGAGAUGGUGGGAUGUGGCCGUACAGGCUGCGGCGCGCUCUACGUGCGCGCUACCCGUCAUUCAGGGCUGGGACCCAAGUGGCGAGGAGCUCGGGUGCGCAGUGGCGCGCAGGGAGCCGCGCAGGAGGACGGGAGCGCUCACUGGGACGAGGAAACGCGGUCGGGAAAGGGUGACCGGGACCGAAAAACAGGGAAAUGAUCGAGGUGGGUUCGGGGGGAGAAGGGACAACGCGGAACAAUGUCAGCUUUGGUGCGUAAAGGUGUUUCCGCGCAUUAGACGCGUCCUGGCUGGUGCCAGGGGGGCUCCUUCGCAGUAACGACGUCCAUGUAGACGGGAGGGGCGCGAGCAGGGCGCGUGGCAAUGGAGAUGUCGGGCUCUCAGAAUGAGUUUGGACAGUGAUCACCCCGCGCGCUGGACAAAUGGUUCUUCGGAACUGUCGGCGGACACCGGCGGCGUGUCGGGCUCGAGCUCCAACGGCUCCGGCACCGGGACGGGGGGCAGCCCGCUGGACCUCACCCGAGCGGUGCCCCUGGGGGUGGUCCUGGGCGCCUUCAUCGUGUUCGCCGUCGUGGGGAACGUGCUGGUCAUCCUCUCGGUGGUGUGCAACAAGCACCUGCGCGUCCCCACCAACUACUUCAUCAUCAACCUGGCCAUCGCCGACCUGUUGCUGGGCACCACGGUGCUGCCCGUGUCGGCCACUCUCGAGGUGCUCGGCUACUGGGUCUUCGGGAGGAUCUUCUGCGACAUCUGGGCGGCGCUGGACGUGCUGUGCUGCACCGCAUCCAUCAUGAGCCUGUGCGUGAUCUCCAUCGACCGCUACAUCGGAGUGCGGUACCCGCUGCAGUACCCGAGCAUCGUGACGGAGAGGAGGGCUCUCAUGGCCAUGCUGGGGGUGUGGGUGCUCGCCGUGGUCAUCUCCAUCGGACCCCUGCUUGGCUGGAAGGAGCCACCCUCCCCGGAUGAGACGAUCUGCCCCAUAACCGAGGAGCCCUUUUACGCACUGUUCUCCUCCUUGGGCUCCUUCUACAUACCCCUGGCUGUGAUCUUGGCCAUGUACUGCCGGGUGUACAUAGUGGCCAAAAGGACCACGAGGAACCUGGAGGCGGGUGUGAUGAAGGAGAGGAUGGAUUCGAACGAGCUCACCCUGAGGAUCCACCACAAGAGCUCGCAGGCGCAGGAGGACGCAGCGCAUCCAGCCAAAAGCUCCCUGGCCGUCAAACUCCUCAAGUUCUCCAGGGAGAAGAAGGCUGCCAAGACGCUGGGGGUCGUGGUGGGGAUGUUCAUCCUCUGCUGGCUGCCUUUCUUCCUCGUGCUCCCCAUGGGGUCUUUCAACAGGAGUUUGCGCCCCCCGGACACUUGUUUCAAAGUGAUCUUCUGGCUGGGCUAUUUCAACAGCUGCCUGAAUCCUAUAAUCUACCCCUGCUACAACAGGGAGUUCCAUCAGGCCUUCGUCCGCAUCCUAAGGUGCCAGUGUCGGCGAAGGAAGCGCCCGGACUGGGCCGCCUACGACCACCGCAGCCCCCGCCUGGCCCCCGCCAGCCGGCAGCACAAGGAGUCCCUGGACGAACACUCGGCCUGCCUCAACGGGAGCCAGCGGACCCUGUCCUCCGCCGAGGCCAGCCCCGGGUGCGCGAGCAACAGCCUGGAGCCGGGCUUUGAGGAAAGCGGGCUGCACAGCUGGCCGCCCUCCUCCCCCCUGCCUGGGAGCUCCAUGGGGAGCCAAUGGGACCCUUUCGGGGGCUCCUCGGAUGAGAGCAUUGAUGAACACAGCGGGACAAGUUCGAUUUUCCACGACGCAUCCGAGUCGAGCUUCGCUCUUCCCAACGGCCAGGUCCACAGUGUAGGGGCUGAACACGGGUUGAACGGGACUGACUCCCAAGAAAAGAAAAUGCGAUACCUUCCUGCCUAAUACAGAUGGUAUGGCAGCACAGCGAGUAGGGCUGUUGUCUCACAGUGCUUGGAUGGUGCGGGAGGACAUGGGUUCGAUCCCUAAUCAGUCUGUGUGGGUUUCCUCUGGAUGCUCUGGUUUCUUCCCACAGUCCAAAGACAUGCUGUUCAGGUUCCCCCAUAGUGUAUGAGUGACAGAGAGAGAGUGUGUGUUCCACUGAUGGAUGGAUGAGUGACCCAGUGGAAGUAGUGUAUCUAGCAGUGUAAGUCACCAUGGUGAAUAAGGUGUUUGGGCUGAUAACACUACAUAGAGUUUGUUGGAAGUUGCUUUGGACAAAAGUGUCUGUUACAUAAAUAAAUGUAAUAGAGCAGGGAUCUUGGGUAAUGGUGCUGCGGACAUCACGUUUGAUGUUUAUGUGUGUUUUCCCUCUGCAAAUGUUAAAGUUGUGAACUGUGUGCUUCCAGUUCCUGGUCACUUUCCUGGAUAACACGUGGCGGGAGAGCAGAAGCCUCAUCGCCAUACUCUAGCUUUGUGUACUUGCUUAAUUUCGUGGCUCAGAUCAGUGUAUCACAGCACACUUGACCUCCCGGGGCUGAAUUUGCCGGUUAACAUUCACAGAUACCCUCAACAGAGAUUUCAACUGACUGAUUCAUCGCUUCAAGGGACACAAAUGGCUUUGACCAUCUGGCCGCGAUGCACCAAAACGCAGACGCGUUCGCCUUCCAGGGGGUGCGACCUUUACAUUAAUGAGAGCAGAAACAUGUAAACCAGACAGCUUUUUCCUUAUUUAUUUAUUUUGGUAAUUUUGUGUACUUUAACGUGCGUUUCUUAAAUUGUCACA